GCGCUCUAGCUGACUGAACUCCCCGUUACAGUGCCGCUGAUUUUGCUAUGUUAACUAAGCCCCGCCCCCAGAUAACCAUUCACUUGCCUCGAGUUAGUUCUGGUCUCCGUCAGUGCAAAAAAUAAAAAGUGAAUGAGGAAAGCCCUCUCAGAACCAGGAUGUUGUCUUUGGCCACACUAGGCCAAACUGGAGCCCGACGAGCUGCCACCAUGACGCAGGGGAGAUUUAUGAGGGACAGCGGAUGCUUGUUUACCUGUUUGCCAGAAUGUCACUUUGUCCCCAAGACCAAAAACAUGGGGCCUUCCCUUACCUGCUCCUCCACUAGCCAUUACAGAUGCUUUAGCACCUCAGCUGCUCAUCGCAACAGUUCAUCAUCACCACAUCAGAAAUCACCAUCUUACAGUUAUGUCAUUGUUGGGGCGGGGUCAGCAGGCUGCGUCCUCGCCAACCGGCUCACAGAGGAUGCCCAUGAGUCUGUGCUGCUGCUGGAGGCCGGACCUAAAGACAUGUUGCUAGGCAGCUUACGGCUCUCAUGGAAGAUCCACAUGCCAGCUGCGCUUACCUACAACCUCUGUGAUGAAAAGUAUAACUGGUACUACCACACUUUACCUCAGGCUCACAUGGACAACCGGGUGAUGUACUGGCCGAGGGGCCGUGUGUGGGGCGGGUCCUCUUCACUCAACGCUAUGGUGUACAUCCGUGGACAUGCUGAAGACUACAACCGGUGGCAGAGAGAGGGGGCUGAGGGCUGGGAUUAUGAACACUGUCUGCCUUACUUCAGGAAAGCUCAGUGUCAUGAGCUGGGAGAAAACAGGUACCGUGGUGGCAGUGGACCUCUUCAUGUGUCCAGAGGGAAGACUAACCAUCCCCUUCAUAAGGCUUUUAUUGAGGCAGGGCAGCAGGCAGGAUACCCCUUCACUGAUGACAUGAAUGGAUACCAACAGGAGGGACUGGGCUGGAUGGACAUGACCAUCAAUAAAGGGAAAAGGUGGAGCGCAGCCAGUGCCUACCUUAGACCUGUCCUGGGUCGACCCAACCUGAAGACAGAGGUGCGCUGCCUGACCACCAAGAUCUUGUUUGAUGGAAACCGUGCUGUGGGAGUGGAAUACAUACAAAAGGGACAGAAGAAAAGGGUGUUUGCAGAUAAAGAGGUGAUACUGAGCGGAGGAGCAAUCAACUCCCCUCAGCUUCUCAUGCUGUCUGGGGUAGGAAAUGCAGAUGACCUGAAACAACUCAGCAUCCCUGUGGUUCAGCACUUACCAGGUGUUGGCAGUAACCUGCAAGAUCAUUUGGAGCUGUACAUCCAGCAGCAGUGCACUCAGCCUAUCACCCUGUACAAGGCCCAGAAACCUUUCCACAUGGUCAAGAUAGGACUUGAGUGGCUCACCCUGUUCACUGGUUAUGGAGCAACAGCCCACUUGGAGAGCGGAGGGUUUAUCCGCAGUCGGCCGCACGUCACACACCCUGACAUCCAGUUUCACUUCCUGCCCUCGCAAGUCAUCGACCACGGAAGAGUUCCUCCAAGGAUAGAGGCAUAUCAGGUUCAUGUGGGACCAAUGAGAAGUGCUAGUGUCGGCUGGAUGAAGCUGAAAAGCACCAACCCUCUGGACCACCCAAAUCUGCAGCCAAACUAUCUCUCCACUGAUAUUGAUGUAUGGGAGUUCAGGGAGUGUGUUAAACUCUCCAGAGAGAUUUUUGCCCAGAAGGCCUUUGACCUGUUCCGUGGCCCCGAAGUCCAGCCUGGUCCUCAGGUCCAAACAGAUGCUGAUAUUGACGCUUUUGUCCGCCGUAAGGCUGACAGCGCCUACCACCCGUCCUGCACCUGCAAGAUGGGUUCACCCUCUGACCCGAUGGCAGUCGUCGACUCGAACACGCGGGUCCUUGGUCUUGAGCAGCUGCGUGUGGUCGACGCCUCCAUCAUGCCUAGCAUCAUUAGCGGCAACCUGAACGCACCAACCAUCAUGAUGGCAGAGAAGGCUGCCGACAUCAUCAGAGGUCGCCCACCGCUCGUUGACCCAGGGGUUCCCGUGUACAGACCACCAACACUCGAAACACAGAGAUGACUACAGACAGAGUAAAUGAUAUGGUAUGUGUGUCAUUAGGCAACAACAGCAGUGAACAACUUAUUAUGCGCUUGAUGGGGAGCAGAUCAUUUAGCUUUUUGUUUUUUUCUUUUUAACCUGAUUUAUUGUAAAUGAAAAUCGUGAGGGUUUUGUCUUGAUUUGCACACAAGGUAACAUAUCAGUGGAAGAUAAUUAUGAAGGUCUGAUAUACGCAAGCUAAACUCACAGCCAUAAUGGUGUUGAAUACAGUUUUAGUUUACAUCUGAAAUUCCGUUAUUCAAGUAUUUAACAUGGUGUCCUGACUGUCUUCUGAUGAAGGAACAGUAGCCUUGUCACUUUAUUGUUUUUAUUUUUUUCAAUAAUUUUGGUCUUAUUUUCCCUUAUAAAGUCCGUAUGUCUUGAGUAAUCUUAAAGCUAAUGUGAUAAAACACCCUGAUCAUGGUUUCCUCUUCCUCGUCUGCAUAGUUAAUAACUAAAAGCAAUCGAUUGCUCAGGUUAAUGGAGCUGCCUCACCAAACUGCAGCAGACUUGACUUACCAGUGCUGAAGAUCAAAAGAUUUGGAAACAUAGGUACUAUUAGCAGACACUUGAUUUGACUUAGAACUUGACUCAACCUUACAAUGGCAUUUUGAUAGAGUCAGCUGUGUGCUGACAUUUCACAGUGUCACAUUGUGGCUGCUAGGAAAGAUACUGAGCAUUUGCAUAGUUACUGUGAAUGUAAUGGAAAUUUGUUCCAUGGAAAAUUUGAGUUCAUUUCCCCUGUUUUACAUUGUCAAAUAUGAACAAUACAACGACUUGGACAUGUUAGUAUCUGACAUAAACGACAUAAUAAUAACAGUAACAUUUCUUAGAUAACCUUUUGACUGCAUUAUCCUGAGGUAACCCACAGAAUUUAAAUCCCACAGCAUAUGAAAUGUUUUAAAUGGGUUUUUUCACAAUGAUAAAAUGUUCUGUCUUGAGUGAUUGUUGUCUCACUGUUGAUCCACAAUCUGCACAUCGUGCAGUCAACAGUCCCAGCAGCACUUCUUGUUUUGCUCAGUUCAGAUAAGUGAUCACCAAGGUGACAUUCCUCUUCCUUCCUGAAAACCUGCAGAGUUAACAGUUUAACAAAAUGCUGUUUUUAUAGGUUUGUUGCACACAUUUUACAGUGAGAAGAUUCUAAAAAAACAUCUAUUUUGAUCCAUUUGUAUAAAAUAGUAAUUUAGCCUGAGUCUUGUUUUAAUUUAGUCUUGUUUUGACAGUAGUGUGUUAACACCUUAGCCUUAUCUCCAGGACCACAGCAAAUUUCAUCAAAUUCCAAGGUAUGCACACCUCCCCCACUAGAUGUUGAACCGUGAGGCUCAUUGAGUUGCAGAUCUAACAGAUGUGGAUUAGACAACCAGGUUUUUCUGGCUCAGACUCAGCAGCACCUGGCUUGUAUGUUUCUUAAUGUUUGGAAAGAAAUGCCCAAUCAGCAAUCAGAUAUGGAUUUUAUUUGCUAUGAUCAGGACUCAUUUUCAGUUGGUCUUGGUGACUUGGACCUGACAGCAGUAGAGAUAAAAUGACUCACCCACAAAUGAGCAAAGUUCUAAGCCCAUACUUGUCAGGAAAGUAGGCUUGUUUCCUGGCAAACAGCCUUUCAUUGUUGACUACACACACAAACUGUUUGUCAACGCAGAAGUAUACAACAGCUAGUGGAGAAUCAACCUCUAGUUCAAACUCAACAAACAACACCAAAAUGAAAAUGGCCUAUUUGCAUUGGCCCCAAAAACAUGAUUUCAUAACACUAUCAUAGCCUGACUUGAAGCUAUUACACUACUAUACAUGUAAGUAUUUGAAGGAACAAUCGUUUUAAAUCCUUUGCUUCAUUGAGCUGGUGAUUACUUUGGAUGAUUAAGUCUUACAGCUCACAGCUUUUAGUUGUCUUUUGGUUUGGGCCAGUCCAGUAGCUGUUUAAUCUAAGUAGCAAUAAAUGCAAAUUAUAUCUCAGAAUAUUAAAUCCAGCUAUUUUAGAUAUUGUGUGAAAACACUCUUUAUGUCAAAUAUACACUAAAAACUUCUAAAAACUAAAUUAAACUAAAAAAUGUUUUUUGUAUAGAUUUUUAAUGAUGUUUCUGAAGAAGCUUUUAAAAAUGAUUGUGUAUAACUGAUUAGAUGAAAUGAAGUUGUUAAUUACGAUAAUACCACUGGUGCCUAUAAGAUCAUUGUGUUCUGAUAUCAGUGUGAAUUACUCUAUAUACAGUAUGUGACUGAUUUCACUUUGGUCCAUCCAGUACUGAUAAUAUUAGUAUUGAGCAGAUUUUUACAAUGAGCUUCGCUAAAAAUCUUCCUUAAAUUCAUGUUAAUUUAUAUUAUAUUCUUUUUCUUUGUUAUCAGCUCUAAUGGAAACCAACACGUGCUCAAUGAACUCUAAUCGUGUCUUAUUAAGCUGUGCACUACACUACGAAGUAUCUUCGUCGCAUGUCUUUGUUUUUGUAUUGUUUGUAAACAAACAGUAGAAACUGCCCUGACCUUGUCCUCAUGACUUUAUUCAGUGGUCCUUACAAAAAUCCUCAGCAGGUUCAUUGUCAUUUCAGGCGAGAAUUCAAAUAUACAAAACAGGGUUUUUGUUUUCAUUGGUACAAAAUCUCUAAGGUACUAGUAUGUAUGCUACAAAGUAGAUAGAGCUAUGUUCUUUAAAUUUUCAUACAACAAAUGGGUAGAAAGCAGAAAUCUUCAAGUUCAUCACUUACUUUUUACAAACACUGUACAGAUUUUAUACAUUGUUGUCAUUUCAUAGACAUCUGUAAAGCAGUGGAACAGUACAAAAAAUAAAGCUGUCAGUAGCACAACAAA